GUAUUCUUUUCUGUAUGUUCCAUCCUCUGCACCCACCUCUUACUUUCCACAUUGAGCUCAUCACUUUCGAAUCUUUUGUUGCAUGGUUGCCACAAGCUGUUGAGGAAUAAGUUUCUGACCCCAGUUUCACUUUAUACUAUUACCUUUGGCAUCAGAAUAUCUCCCACUUUUACGCCACGCAAACAGGAUCUAACUCAGAAAGACAGCCAGUUCUUAUCAUUCUAAUAUUAAAGACCAAGUUUGCUGCGAGAUUGAUCUCAUCCUUGUUUCUCAUUUUUGGCUUUCGGCUUCUUUGCAACACAACCAUGUCAACUCCUAGUUUUCUUGAUUUCCAGUACAAUAUUUCCAAAAGGAAAUACCUGCGGAAGCCAUCCCGAUUGUUUUCUUCUAGGGACAGACAGAAUUCGGACUUGCCACCGAUUUUCCAUCUCAACAUGGAUGAGCUGAAGAAAGUGUUUGAUAAAUUCGACUCCAACAAAGACGGGAAGAUAUCACAGGAGGAGUACAAGGCGGUGCUGGGAGCCUUGGUGAAGGAAGGUGUAAGAACGGAGGUGGAGAAGAUAUUCCAGGUAGCUGAUCUUGAUGGAGACGGGUAUAUCGAUUUCAAAGAGUUUGAGGAAGUGCACAAGAAGGGAGGGGGAGUGAAGACAAGGGACAUACAGAGUGCGUUUCGGGCAUUUGAUUUGAACGGGGAUGGGAAAAUAAACGCAGAGGAAUUGUUGGAGGUGUUGGGGAGGCUAGGGGAGAGGUGCAGCUUGGAGGAAUGCAGGAGGAUGGUGAGGGGAGUGGACACUGAUGGGGAUGGUGCGGUCGACAUUGAUGAAUUCACUACCAUGAUGACUCGCUCCAUGUAACCCUCCAGUUAAGAGGGUAACGGACCAGUGGCAGGCAUGGACUUGUCCUACGAAUCUCUCAACUCAUCUCAACAUAAAGUGGAAUUAUUAGAAGCCAUGUUUGUACUUUGGGAAUAAAAAGUGUUUGUAGAUUCUCAUUUGAAAUAGUCUUGGGUCAAAAUGGCCAUGCAUUAAAAAAAAAUAUUAGAUGUAACCACUUUAUGAAAUUUAUGUUCAAACUAGUCUCUUUAGUAUCA